GCCUCCUAUGGAGUUCAAUGUGUCAUGCUGGAACUGUGGAGGUGAGCUAAGAUGGGCCUGUGUGAUAGGCCAGUGCCAUCAGGAUGACCUGCCUCAAAAUCAGUGAUGGUGAGAAUGAUGAUGUGAAUGUUGAGGCUGACGAUAGUAGUGCUAUUACUCUUUGGAAUCAGAAGACGGGGGAUGGUCAUAAAGAUGGUGAUAAUGAAUCAUUGGAAUCAUCUCAGAACGGUGAUGAUGAAGAUGAUAAUGAUGUUGUUGAUGAUGAUGAUGAUGAUGAUGAUGAUGAUGAUGAUGAUGAUGAUGAUGAUGAUGAUGAUGACGAUGAAGAAGAGGAGAAUGGUGAUAUGAAUUGUUGGAAUCAGAAGACCGGGGAUGAAGUAAGGGAUCUUGGUGGUACAGUCUACUGGGAUAAGAAGAGAAGCGAAGACAGGAGAAUGGAUUUCAAAGAUUCCAACGAUAUGAACGACCGUGAGCAGGAAGGCGAGGACGAUAAUGUUGAAAAAGCUCGUAAUUGGCAGGAGAGGAGACGGGACCGGAGAGUUCCUUGGUGCUGCGAGAGAAUGUUGUGAGUGUGUGUGUGUGUGUGUGUGUGUGUGUGUGUGUGUGUGUGUGUGUGAGAGAGAGAGAGAGAGAGAGAGAGAGAGAGAGAGAGAGAGAGA